UCUAUCACCUUAAAUAUACUAUAAAAUGUCCCAAGAAAACUCAAAGCUCACACUACAUUUUGUCACACUGGUAAGGGCAACAAGAUCAAGUAGAAAUGGAACCAAGAUUGUUCGAAGCAUCUCGUUCUGGAGAUAUUUCUGCAUUUCACUCAUUACUCGGGGAAGAUCCAUUUCUGCUUGAUCGAGUUGCGUUAAACUCUGUCGAUAAUCCUCUACACAUAUCAGCAAUGGCGGGACAAACAGAAAUCACAAAAGAAAUUGUGAGCAGAAAGCCAGCAUUCGCUAGGGAGCUAAGUGAAAAUGGUUUUAGCCCGAUGCAUGUCGCUUCGGCUAAAGGGCACGUUGAAAUUAUAAGAGAGCUUAUGAGAGUUGGAUAUGACAUAUGUCUUUUGAAGGGAAAAGAUGGUAAGGUUCCACUUCAUUGCGCGGCUUUGAAAGGCAGAGUUGAUGUUGUUAAGGAACAGGUCUGGGCUUGCCCCGAGUCUGUUAAAGAACUGACUGCUUUUGGUGAAACUGCCCUCCAUUUGGCUGUGAAGAGUAACCAGAUUGAGGCUGCAAGGGUACUGAUCGAGGAGAUAAGGAGGUUAGAUAUGAUGGAAAUUUUGAUUUGGAAAGAAAAGGAUGGGAACACCAUAUUACAUCAGGCGACCUUCAACAGACAACCUGAGAUUAUAGGUCUGUUAAUUGGUCAAGAAGCAGUUGUUUCUGGCGUUAACGUAAAUGCCAUAAACUCAAGCGGCUUUACGCCAAAGGAUGUCCUAGAUCUUCUGCUCCAAAGUGGAGGUGAUUGUUAUGAUAUUCAGAUUCAUCAGAUAUUUCAGCAAGCUGGAGCUUUGAAAGCCCGAGAAAGCACAACAGGCCCUGCACAUGUUCAAACCGAAGCAGAAAACUUUAACAAUAAGCAAAAAUUGCUAUCUUCUUCUUCAUGGAACCUAUGGAAGGAACUGAUGAAAGAGGUUACGGAAUCAUCAAGUGAAACUAAAAACUCAUUAAUGAUUGUGGCAGUCCUGAUAGCAAGGAUCACAUACCAAGCAAUUCUGAACUCUCCAAGUGGUUUUUGGUCAGACUCAGAUAAUAAAAACAAUCCGACCGUCAGCACCGUUCAGAAGAGAUCUAGAACCAUGUCGCCUGGAGAGGCUGUCAUGAGUAAAAACCCUCCAAUCUUUUCUGUGUUCAUCGGUUUUAAUUCAAUUGGUUUCAUUGCAUCAGUUGCCAUGAUCUUUCUCCUCACCAGUGGAUUCCCUUUCAGGGCAGGCUUGCGGCUGGCCAUGUUUUCAAUGAUUGGUACUUAUGUCGUAGCUAUAAUCUAUAUAGGUCCAACGAAAAUGAGAGAUAUAUAUAUAACGGUCACUGUGAUGGGAAUUCUAUUUCUUGUGGAGUUUGCACGGUUUACCAUAUGGUUGCUCAAGAAAUGGAGAGUUGGUCCAGAUACAAGGAGAAAGCAUUAGAGACGAACGUAAAUCGACAUGGAAUUUAGAAUGUGGCUCCUCUUUGUACAAUGAAUUGAUUCAGUACCUCGGAAUUAUACUCCUCUGACAACGAUUUUGCUCAGGGAGAAAGAACAGCUAAAACAUGUUUGAUGAGUUUUAUGGUGUUUCACGAUUUUGUUGUGUCUGGGAUUUGGAUGAUUGUUAAGCAUGUUUGUUAGGGAUUUUGAGUUGAAAUUGUUUAGGAAAUAUUUUGUAAAUAGGGUAUAUUUUGUUUUUGUAUAAGGGGAGUGAGCAAAACCUCCCGAUAGGGAUAUAUUUUCUCUUGCUUUGGAGGGUUAUGGAAUUUUGUAACCUAUCUUUUAUGAAAUUCACA